CGUGUGUCCUCCACACUACUGCUUCCUUGCUUGCUACCUGCCUGCCUCCCGCCACACACCACUGCCACCAUCUCACUCGAUCUCAGCUGCGAGCCAUGGCCGUGAACGACACCAAGCUGGCCGACGCCGAGAACCCGGGCGUGAUGUGCCGCGGCGGCGACUCCGACUCCGACGUGGACUUCGCGGGCCGCGCCAACUGGCUGCGCGCGGCGGUGCUGGGCGCCAACGACGGCCUGGUGUCCACGGCGUCGCUGAUGCUGGGCGUGGGCGCCGUGAAGCACGAGGUGCGGGCCAUGGUGAUCUCCGGGUUCGCGGGCCUGCUGGCGGGGGCCUGCAGCAUGGCCAUCGGGGAGUUCGUGUCCGUCUGCUCCCAGCGCGACGUGGAGAUCGCGCAGCUCGACCGCGACGGCAAGCGUGGCGGCGACGAGGAGAGGGUGCUGCCCAGCCCGGUCCAGGCCGCCGCGGCCUCGGCCCUCGCCUUCUCCGUCGGCGCGCUGCUGCCGCUGCUGGCGGCGGGGUUCAUCGUGGGCUACAAGCUGCGGGUGGCCGUGGUGGUGGCCGUGGCGACGCUGGCGCUGGCGGCGUUCGGGGUCGUCGGGGCCGUGCUGGGGAGGGCGCCCGUGGUGAGGUCCUCCGCCCGGGUCGUCGUCGGCGGGCUGGCCGCCAUGGGGCUCACCUUCGGCCUCAUGCGCCUCUUCCGGGCCAGCGGCAUAUGAGGUGCGAUCGGUGGACGAGGUUUUUUGUUGCCGUCACCGAUCGUCGUCGUCUCGUCCAUGCUUUCCUCGUGAUCCUACCAACGUACGUGGUGCCAACGUCUUCUUCCCCGGCCGGCUGAUGACCUGACGUCCGUGCAUGGAAUGUGCAUGCCCGGCCGUGCGUCUCGUCUUCUCUAGUUAAUUCGCUGCUGCUUAAUUCUCUCUCUACUGCUAUAUUUACUAGUCUUUGCAUGCAUGCAUGCCACGCUGAUGUAACAUUGGCCAGCUGCAUGCAUGCUAUAGUAUUUUUACCGCACCCAUGUAACGUUACUACUAGUACGUACUAGUACUUGAUUGGGAGGUGGAAGAAGGUGACAAGGUUGUUGCAAGAAAAGGCGAGCUAAUUAAUUUGAAUUUCCCAUGCAAGUCAAGCCGUAUGGAUAUGUUCAUUGUUCAACUAA